UUUAACUUUGGAGGACGUUCAUUUGUUUUGAUUAAUUAAUCUUUCUGUAAUAAAAAAAUAAUUACAUAAUUGCUGUAAUACAGUUAUUGCUUAUCAAAUAUACACUUUUCUAUCAAUCAAACAAUAUUUGGAUAAGAGAUAUCUGUUAAGUAAGCAUGGCAACAGACGUUAUUUCGGCGUUGGACCUGGAUAAGGAAAAUACUCAAUGUAGAGUGUUAGUGGUUAAGGAAAUCAAUAAUUGUAGUAGUUCCUUUAUAACCAGUUGUGUUUUUGGACAUUUGAUAAAAAAGAAAAGUGCAGUACUUAUUAUAUCUACUCACAAUUCUUUAAAACACUUUCAGAAUGUUGGUUUGAAAAUGAAUUACAAUCUAAAUAGAUGUAUAGACGAUGGGUUCAUAAAUUUCUAUAAUUUGGGUGAUGAAUAUGUCAUUAAAAUGCUGAACAAUGAACAUUUGUCUCCGGAGAAUGUUUUUCAAAAUAUUCAAGAUAAAUUUGAAUAUAUGAGGACUAAAUAUGAUGUUGUUAAUGUUAUAUUUGAUGGGGUAUCACAUUUGUUAGAUAUGCAUUACAGUCUUAAAGAAGUUAAUCAAAUUUGUUCGAAAGUUAUUGAAUUAAUUACAGAGUAUAAUUCAUUAUUUAUUUGUCACUGUAAUGUAGCCAUUGAACAUGAUCUGACAUAUGUUUUAGCUAAUCUUCUUUCACAUAAAGCAUUUACGGUGGUAGAAGUAGAGAAUCUUGCAUCAGGAUGGAGUAGCGAUGUGUCAGGCCAUUUGACAAUUAAACAUCCUGGUAAAAAAUUUGAUAAUGAACAUAUGAAUAUGUUGGAUAUAAAACCAACCCAAUAUCUGUUUAAAUUAUUUGACAGAGGUGUAAAACUUCUUGCACCUGGUACUGUAUAAAAAUUUAAAGAUAUUGUAAAUUAGAACAAAUGUAUGUAUGGAAGUGAAUAAA